UUAGGCUUCUCUUCAGUCUUCGGGUCUUCCCCUUUCACCCGACGGUUACUUCUCUUCUCUCCGCGAUCGAUCGAUCGACAUCUCCCUCUCCUCAGAUCGAAGUUUUGAAUAUCAUCAACGAACGACUCUAUAGCUGUCCAUGUUAGAUAAUGGAAAAGGAAGAUUCUAUUGAGAUGAAUAGGACAACUUCUCAAACUGUAGAGGAGACAAAAGAUGCCUCUGUUACUCUGCAGGAAGAACCUUCAGUGAACAACUCAGAAACAGAUGAGGAUAUUGGUCCUAACGAAGUUAGUCCACCUGGUUAUUCAGAAGAAGGCAAUGUCAAGGAAACGAGCAUGUCAGCUUCUGAUAAGGGAGAAGAUAUGCUGCUAGAAAAUGAAGAUUUUAGCACUGAAGUUAUCAGUUUGUCAACAACUGAAAUACCUAAGGAAGAGAAUAUAUUGGAAAAAUAUCAAAUUAAUCAAUUGGGGGAAACAACAAAUGAAAGUAGUGAAUUAGCCUCUGAACAAGAGAAAGGUUUAAAUGAAGAUGAUCCAGAACCGGUUUUUGAUGGAAUAGAAGUUCCAGAUAUGGAAGAAAGCAUGAUUCCUGAGACUCAAGGCCAAGGGUAUGCUUGGCCUGAGAAAGCUGUGGCUCUUAAAGAUUUGGUCAGAAAAAAAAGUGUGGUUGCAGUUUCAACUGUUUUGAGACGUCUUUCUGGAAAAAUGGAAGAAGGAAUGCAUGGUUUUCGAGGUGAUGAAGAAAAUUAUCAAAUCGAAAAAGAGGUUGGAAGUGAAGCGCAAGAAGGCUCUCAAAAAAUUAUAGAAAAGUCAUGGAAUCCCCUUUUACUUAUCAGGAGCCCGAGUCAAACAAAUGCAGAAAAUAAAGCUGAACUCAAUAAAACGAUUUUACAACCAAUAGCUCUAAAGGGAAGAAUCCUGUUGUAUACAAAACUUGGAUGCCACGAGUGUAUACAAGCUAGGCUAUUUCUGCAGCGCAAAAAGCUAAGAUACUGUGAAAUCAAUAUUGACAUCUAUCCUGGCAGAAAGCUAGAGCUUGAGAGGGUUGCUGGUUCUUCUGCAGUUCCAAGGGUCUUUUUCAAUGAGAUCUGUAUUGGAGGAUUGAAUGAUCUAAAGAACCUGAAUGAGUCUGGAAAACUGGAUGAAAAGCUGGACUAUGUGAUUACAGAAUCACCAGCCUAUGAAGCCCCCAUACCACCACUUUCUGGUGAGGAUGAUGCGUCGACUUCUGGAUCAAUUGAUGAGCUGGCUUCAAUUGUUAUAAAGAUGAAGGAUUUUGUCACAAUCAAAGAUAGAUUCUACAAAUUGCGUAGGUUCAAAAACUGUUUUCUUGGUUCUGAAGCUGUUGACUUUUUGUCCGAAGAUCAGUACUUAGAAAGGGAGGAGGCAGUUGAAUUUGGUCAAAAGCUUUUAAGUAAAUUAUUCUUUCAACAUGUACUCAAUGAAAACCUUUUUGAAGAUGGAAACCACUUGUACCGUUUUUUGGAUAGUGAUCCCGUUGUGAUGUCACAGUGUCACAAUGUUCCAAGAGGUAUAACUGAUGUAAAACCGAAGCCGAUUGCAGAUAUUUCAUCUAGGCUCAGGCUUUUAUCACGUGGAAUUAUUGAAGCUUACAUAUCACAAGAUGGAAAGCAUGUUGACUACAGAAGUAUACAUGGUAGUGAAGAAUUUGCAAGGUACCUGAGAAUAGUUGAAGAGCUUCAGAGAAUAGAUGACCUAGAGGGUAUGCAGAGGGAAGAGAAGCUGGCGUUCUUCAUAAAUCUGAACAAUAUGAUGGCCAUCCAUGCAAUAUUGGUGUUAGGUCAUCCUUCUGGACCAUUGGAGAGGAGGAAGCUAUUGGGGGAUUUCAAAUAUCUGAUAGGUGGAUGCACUUAUUCACUUUCAGCUAUUCAGAAUGGCAUAUUAAGGGGUAAUCAAAGGCCGCCAUACAAUCUUACUAAGCCAUUUAGCGCAAAAGACAAGCGUUUGCAGGUUGCUCUUCCUUAUGCUGAACCACUUGUUCACUUUGCAUUGGCUUUUGGAAAUCGAUCGGGACCUGCUGUUCGAUGCUAUUCUCCGAGUGACAUUGAUCAGGAACUGAUGGAGGCUGCACGCGAUUUCUUAAGAAGUGGAGGUCUCAUUCUAGAUCUGAAUGCAAAGGUUGCUUUAGCUUGCAAGAUACUGAAAUGGUACAGUGCUGAUUUUGGUAAGAAUGAAAGUGAGGUAAUGAAGCAUGUUGCAAAUUACAUGGAGCCAACCGAGUCAGAGUCAUUGCUGGAGCUGAUUUCAUCAUCUCAACUCAAAGUGGUAUAUCAGUCUUACGACUGGGCUUCCAACAUCUAAACAUUUUUUUUAUAAUUUUUUUAUACCCAUUAUAGAAGUCUUGUUUAAAGGUGAUUUGAUAUGCUCUAGAUUUUAUCAUUGUUGGACCUACACACCUAAAGGAAGACAAAUAAUAAUGUACAGGAGAUUGAUUAUAUGGUUUUGGACUUUUGAUAUGUGAGCUUUGGUGGAGUGGUGGUGGGUAGUUCAUCACUUUUGACAGUUUUUCUUAGAACAAGUAUCUUAUAGAUAUUUUUACCA